AAACUUUAAACUUUGACAAUAAUUUGCUUCUGACGAGAUCCUGAAGUUGUCGUCAUUACCGUAGACUAUUAGUGUAUAAGAAAGUAUAUUUCUUAGAGAUGUGUUGGCUAUGGUAUAAUGCCAGGUAACUUUUAUCAGAACCAAUCAGAGGUACGAAACGUGUAUGUACGAAUUUGAAGUCCACGCGGAUAGCGUCAAUUACGUGAAUUGAGAUAUAAAGGGUCACCUAAACGCUUGACUCAGUAUUUAGUAGUUCGUGUUCCUAAACGUGCAUUAUUGAUUCCUACGCUGUAUAGCAGAAGUUUGGCAGAGGGAGCUGUGAACCAAAUGUUGCUUCUGGUCGGAGAUGGCACAAAUGAGAUUUCUACUUAUCGUGGUCUUUGCACUGGCUUGCUCAGCAUCACACGAUCCACAUAUUCUGCGAUGUUUGGUGUGUCAAAAGCUAGUUGAGGAAAUCGAAUUUGAAGUGCAAAAAGUAGACCCACGGAAGAAGGUCGAUGUGGGCAGCUACAGAAUUGAUGCGAAUGGAAAUCAGGAUCAGAGAGCGGUACCAUAUGCACGAUCUGAACUCCAUCUGACUGAAGUACUUGAAACAAUAUGUAACAAAAUGGAUGAUUAUGUUAGAGCCACCUACAAAUCAUCUGGAGAAUUGACUGUACUUAAACUUAUAACAAAUGAUGGCAAACUGAACGAAGACAUGGGCAAAGUUGAUGUUAUUCAAGAUUCUGAUUUAAACAGAAGCCUUAAAUUUUAUUGUGAAGGCAUCGUGGAGGAAAAUGAAGAAGCUAUUGUGCGCCUGUUCAGUCAAAAGGAAGAUGAUAUAGACAUAAAGUUGUGUACUGAAUCUGCGAAACUGUGUUCAAUAACUUUAGAAAAGGAACAAGAAUUAUCUGAAAAUGAUGAAUUAUGACGUGUGCCCUUAAUGGGUUGAUGUCCCUGUUUCUAAAGAAGAGAACUGGGAAAAGACAUUUAGGCUCCUUUUGAGUUUUAUGAAGAACUAUUCCAUGUACAGUAAUUAUUUAUGUAACUGACUGGUUGUUGUAGAUAUUGAGAUAAUACAGUAAUUCUGGUUUUUGUUUU